CCCUCACUCUCAGUGUGCAGCAGCAGCAGCAGCAGCAGCAGGAGCAGCAGCAGCAUGAUGAUGAUGAUGAUGCGGGUCGCCCUGCUAGUUUUGGCUCAUGCAUCAGUCUGCAGUGGCAUCCUCCCUGAGAUAGUGAACUCGGGGAUCAGUCACAUCUUGGCGGAUAAUUCCGCCCUGGGACAAAAUGAGCUGGACCGUAUGUUUGUGGAAGUGGAGCAGCUUCCAGGGGAUCCGCAGCUAAAGCCUGAGGAUGCGUUUCACCAAAAGAACGAGAGUGUUAGCCCUCAUCCCAAUGACCUUCCAUCAAGUCAUCACAAUGAAACUGCUUCUGAUAAAGUUACUUACAGUGAAUCUGUCGACACCUCAGUAAACCAGGAGGAGACAAACAACAUUACGACAUCGGAGCAGUCCAGAAACCUGGGAAACAAUAUUGAUGAUGGAUGCAUCGUUGAUGAGGACUGUGGGAAGGGAAGGUAUUGCCCUUCUGACAUAAAGAACUCCAAGUGUCUGCUUUGCAAAGCAAUUGAUGUGCCCUGUACUAAGGAUCAAGAGUGCUGCGGCGAGCAGCUGUGUCUGUGGGGUCAGUGCAGUCAAAAUGCAACAAAGGGAGAGGCUGGCAGCACCUGUCAUCACCAGGCUGACUGCAACCCAGACCUCUGCUGUGCUUUUCACAAAGCCUUACUCUUCCCCAUCUGCUCUGCAAAACCCAUUGAGCGCGAGCGCUGCUUCGGUGCCUCCAACCACCUGAUGGCGCUGUUGUCCUGGGAUGUCCCAGAUGAAGGGCCCAGGAAACACUGCCCCUGUGCAGGAGAGCUUCACUGCCAGCACCUAGGGCGAGGGUCCAUGUGCCUUAAAGGAGAGGACUCGAGUGAAGAGGACCUGACUGACACGCUGUAUUCAGAGAUAGACUACAUCAUCUGACACAGCUUAAAUUCUCUAAAAAUGACUUUGUUUACAAAUAGACCUGAGUAUUCUCUUACUCCAGAGCUUUGUUGCAAAGACUUCAGCACUUUGUGUUUGCUAGCCUAAUCCAAAUUGGAGAACAUAUACAGCAUGAUAAAGGAUGCAAAUAUAUUUAUUUGAUAUGCUUUAAUUGAGACCUAAGAUUUACCAAACUAAAAGGUCUCUGUUAUGGAAGCCCUAAACAGACAUGCAUCCAUCCACAGUAAUGAGGUAAGUUAAGCCUAUAUCUGUGCUUGUUUUGUGCUUUUUGCAACUCUAGGGAUACGAGGUAAAUAAGUCAAGAUCUCGAGAAAACAAUUGGAAAUGACUCAUAACAAUGGGAAAACGGAGUGAAUAAGAUACAUGGAUGCAUGUCUACUUAAUGCUUCUGUAUUCUCAACAUGUAAAUAUAAAAGUUAAAAAAAACAGGAUAUACUGUAUUGGAAAUAAAUAUGAAAUGCCUGUUUCUGUAUUUUACAGUAUAUUGCUACUUUAACCCUUAUCUAAUGCUAAUCACAGCCAUGUAAUGAAUAAGGUAGAAGAGGUCUGAUCAGGCUACAUGAGUGAUGAUCAGCUGUGUGGAUGAAGCACGGCCAAGAAGAUUCUGAUUGACAACUGAACCAAUCCUGUCACUCAUUCUAAAAAUAUUAUAUUAUCACAUAACACUAAUAGUUCUUGUAAAAUCAAACAGAUUGAAUCUUUUUUUCAUAACUAACCAGCUCCAUCCACAAGCUUGAAGCCAUUAUGGUGAAAU